CUGGUUCCCAGGGUAUGCUGCGCUGGCUGUUUAGCAAUCAAGGUGUAAUUUACUUAUUGAUUAAUUAAAUUAUCAAAUAAUUAUCACGCUUGUCCUUGUCGUUGUCGAGACUGUGUAUAUUCUCAAUCUCUGUGCAGAACAAAUGCCAAGUGUGGAAGUAACAUUUCGUGUUCGUUGACGGAUUGUCGUCUGCACGAAAACUGAACCAAGCGACAUGCAGCUGUCCUUGAGUCGUCUGCUAUCUCAUCUAUGUACCGUGCGCGUGGCCACAACGUGCCGUUAUCUCUCCAUAUCCCCGGGUCUUCUGGAUAUAAAUACAAGGUCAGGCGGAGCAUUAGCACGCUACAUCACAACUAUGUCGAGACCCAAGGUUUACGUUACCCGACGUGUGCCGGAGGUUGGCCCAAGGCUUCUGGGAGAGUCAUGUGAUGUCACUCAGUGGAACAAGGAUGAUCCUGUACCUCGUGCCGAGUUACUGAAGCAGGUUGCAGGCAAAGAUGCUCUGUUCUGUCUCCUGACCGAGAAGAUUGACGAUGAAGUGUUGGAUGCUGCAGGCCCUCAGCUGAAGGUGGUGGCCACGAUGUCUGUGGGCUACGAUCAUGUUGAUGUAGAUGCGUGUAGGAAGAGGAACAUCUCGGUGGGCUUCACUGCAGGUGUCCUGACCAACGCCACUGCGGAACUGACUGUCACUCUGCUGCUGGCCGCUUCCAGGAGACUCAGAGAAGGCAUCCGUGCUGUGGAGAACGGUACGUGGGGUACCUGGAAACCGCUGUGGCUGUGUGGGCCGGGCCUAGAUGGCGCUACUGUUGGUAUUGUUGGCUUCGGGAGGAUAGGGUUCGCUGUGGCAAAACGUCUAGUACCGUUUGGAGUUGAAAAAAUCCUGUAUUCUGAUGCAAUCCGAAACCCUGCCGAAGGUGAGGUUGGGGCAGAGUUAGCUUCCAUUGAUGAAGUUCUUUCACGAUCGGACUAUAUCAUUGCCUGUUGUGCACUUACCCCAGAAACGAAGGGUAUGUUUAACAAAUCAGCCUUUUCGAAGAUGAGGAAGAAUGCAAUAUUCAUCAACACAAGUCGUGGCGGAGUGGUAAACCAGGAGGAUCUCUACGAAGCUCUGAAGUCGCGCACGAUUUUAGCAGCUGGACUUGAUGUGACCGUUCCAGAACCGUUGCCAACCAACAGCCCACUUCUUUCUCUGGACAACUGUACUGUGCUGCCACACAUUGGCAGUGCCACUGACAAGUCUCGGGCUGGCAUGUCUGAGCUCACAGCAAGAAACAUCCUCACUGGUCUGAAGGGCGACCAAAUGCCCUGUCAGGUUAAAUAAGCACCUUUCCUUUUUUCAGGUUGGAAGGAGAGUCUGAAAAGUGAAGCACUGCCGUAUAUAUUUUAUAACUAAAAAUGUAGUCAGGAGUUCAGUGUAAUACACUUGUUGAAAAUCAAAAGUUUUAAUAAAUCUAUUACUACCGAAGGAUAUAGCAGAAAGCCUCAGGUAUUGCUUAAUUUAUAACACUGCCACCUACUUGUCAAGUGAAAUAUGGGGUGGGCGAGUAGCCUAGUGGUUAAAGCGUUCACUUGUCACGCUGGGUUUGAUUCCCUGCAUGGGUACAAUGAAGCUUGUUUCUGGUGUCCCCCACCGCAAUAUUGCUGGAAUAAUUACUAAAAGCAAAUCACUCACUCAAGUGAAAUAUUUUGGGGUAAAGGUAUAUUGCGGCAGUACAUGUAUUUGAUUUAUCUGCAUUGGCCCCAUUAGUUCAUGUUCCUGAGGCUAGGGAGUUUAUCAACUGUAUCAACUAGACUUCUAUAGUCAGUUAACUUCCUGAAGAUGAUCUGAAGUUGGAGAAAUAGUUGCUUUAAUUCCACACAUCAUUGAAUCCAUUGACUAAUGACUAUCUGGAAUGACACCAGAUACAAUGCUACCGGUACCUUAGAUUUAUUAGAGAAUGAUUUUAUUAUCUUUUGUUCUUUCUAUUGCUGUUCAGUAACAUUCCACAGAAUUUCUCUGGCUUGGGAGUGUGAUUUGAUUCUUUGGCAGCUUUUGUGUUAUCUUAUGCUAAUCUGGAUCAAAGAUGAUUGCCUCUCUGGUCAAGUGAAAGUGAAAGUUCGAACCCUCUCUAAUCACAGAAACAGAUGUUUUUGUUACCCUGGCUGACCCUUGGCGUUAAGGGACAAACUAGUCAGUAUGGAGUCUGUAUUGUCUGAGUGACUUGUUAAACUUCAUGGGUUCUUGUGUUUUGGGAUGUCAGCCUGAUCCCUUGGAUGUUAUCUUGGGGUUUUGUAUGCAAAUUGUUAGUGAGAAAUAAUAACCUCAGAUGGAUUUGGAUAUGGUUUGAAAUGGUUGUAUUACCAACAAUCACAAGUCUUCCAUCUUUUAGGUCAUAUCUAAAUUCAUAAAAUAUAAUUCAACAGAAAAAUAGUUUAGUUUGUUGUGAUUUAGUUCCACACUGUUUUGUUGGAAGUGGUAAGCUGAUGGAUGCAUUAAUACGUAGUUAUAUCUCACUGACAGAUUGUGCAGGUAAUGCUUAUUGUUCUAGUUAUGUUAAUCUGUUGAAGGGGAAGCGAAAUAACCAAGUGCUUGAAGCAUUCACUUGUGCUGACAUUGUGAGUGACUGGAUAUUACCUAAUGCCGGUGCUGAGUUAAGAUGUUUUACUCUAUGUAGUGCUAGUCUUUGUUUCAUUCUCCGUAUCAAAGAAUACAUAUAUGUUAUCAAACAUGUAUUAUUGACAGGCAAGAAAGAAGUAAUUUUGUACCACACUGCAAAUAAUUCUAAUGGUGCUCGUUAUUGAAUCCAGUUGUUAUUGUAAUCAAUUGUGACUUGGCAUGUACUAUUCCUGAAAUAAAUAAUUAAAUCUA